CAAAGCACGGAAUUGGCAAUAAGCUCUAGACCCUUCUCACGGAAAUGGCAAGUAUUAUUGUUAUACUAUGUUGACCAAGAAGCCUGUUGUGAUAAACAAUAUUAUAGCGGUAGCCAUGGGAAACUCUUCUGGGAAAGCUAGUACAAAAAAUGUUCCAAAACAAACGGGAUGUUCCAUAAAUUUCAUUGGACACUCGCAAUUGGAGACUGAGCAAAGUUUGGCAGCCUUAGCGGAGUCAAAGGAAAGAAGAAGAGCUGAUUUACUGGCAUUUGAAGAGCAGCAAGCAAAAAGGCUGGCAGAUGAAGCACAGUUGAGGAGUUUUUCUCAAGCAAAUCAUAAUAAAUUUCUUAAUCAAAUAACGGAGAGCCAAAAAGAAUUUGAGUAUAAACUGGCAGAAGUACAUCAGCAAAAAGAAGAAUCACGACAAAAAUUCUCGAAACAGCUACAUGAAACAGAAGCUGAAAUGGAAGCCAGUGUUAUUGAUGUUUUGAAAAGUAUACAGGCUCACAGAGAUCAAAAACAACUCCAAGAUCUGGUGAAAGCAGAAGAAAAUCAAAGCCGGUCUCUGCUAGCCAUAAAGCUAGAAGAAUUCAAGAACCUACGAAAAGAAGAUAUUUUGGCUGCCAUGAAGACACAGCUAGAACAAGAUAUAUCUGGUCAAAAAGCUAACUUCAGUAAAAACCUCUUUCGUGAUAUCCAAAUACAGGAUGAAGUAAAAAACCGCCAAAUUGAAAAAAUUCUACAACAUCGGCAAAAAGAUCAAGCUGAUCUAGUCAUGUCGCUUUUACAAGAAGAGUCUUGGCAGUAUCAGGCGUUCUCAUCGUUUCUGUCCAAACGUGACCGACGGACUGCCGAGUUAACUGAAGAUAUUCGAACAGUCAUAACUAAACUGAAUCAACUGACCGCUUGGGAAUUGGAUCGCAAAAACCGUCAAUUAGACAUCACCAAUAACUUGCUGUUGGACAACCGCCUUCAUCUCGCUGAAUUGCUAUCCCAGUUGAUAGAGCAACAACAAAUGCGCCGCAAAGAUCUCAAGCUCCUUCUGGAAGAAAUGGAAGUUCAACGACAAAAUCAAGCAUCCGACUAUUGGCUUGUGCAGUUCCAACGCUUAGUAGAUAACAUACCCGAUGGCAUUCAAUGUCCCAAAGACUAUCGACCAAGUGCCCCUAAUUGUGCUCUGGAUGACGCCGUUGCUUCCGCUCCUCCUGUGGAAGUUUUUAUGGAAACUUACUGUGUAGUCUGCUUAGAUAAUUCUUGCCAAGUUAUCUUCCUUCUUUGUGGACAUCUAUGUUGCUGUGUCGAAUGCGGCAGGAAACUAAAUCAAUGUCCCAUGUGUAGGACAACCAUCGUGAAACAACUCCAAGUACAUUCAUAAUAUGUAUCAUUGUCGUUAUCAUUCAUAAUAUCUUUAUUGCUGAUCAUUGUCAUAUCUGUGUGCCUUUGGCAUCUCUAAGAAAAUGGUUAUUCACUUUUUUCCAAAUACUGUCGUUUAAUGUCGGAAUUUCGUACUU